AAUGAUAUUUGUGGAAGUGCUCAUAUACUUUUUAUUAUUACAUGAAACAUGUUUAUGAAGUUAAUAUGAACCACACUAUUUAACACUACUUGUUAUUAAUUCAGAAUGAAAACACAAAACGUUGCUGAACAAUUAACUAAUCACAAAUCCCUCUGAACAACACAUUGCCAUAUUUCAACAAAGAUUACUGUUUGCUCAGCAAGGUAAAGAGCAACAGCAUAACAGCGUAACAACGAAACUACCUCGUAUUGCUGCCCCGGAUUUGUCCGAAACUAAUAAAACAUAUGUACAUAUAUGCAAGCUACAUUGGUAGCUGCCACAAUAAUGGAACAACAUGUACUAAAACGAUUGUAAUCGCAGCCAAUUUUUAAACAAAAAAAUAUAUAACAAUACGGAAAACAACUGGUAUCUGGCUAUUGAGACCAUCAACGAAAUUAAUUGAAUACCGAAGAGGCGAUCCCACAACCUUUACGUAACGUUAACGUACAAAAUGCAGGCAAAGGGCAGUUGCAAUGUAGAGCCCACUGUGACAGCACCGCCAGCACUGGCGGCGACUGCAACUAAUGGGAGCAGCAAGUCAAGCGGUGGUAACAAACCGUGUGCUCAUUCCACGCCCUCCCACACCAACAAUGGUUAUCAGAAUGGUGUGCGACGGGACUCGACUCAAGUCUUUACGCCGCUGCUAGUUCAGCACGAUAACACACAUGGAACCGCUGAGAUUAGCACGCUUCCCUCCACUGUGCUAUACGAGAGUACGCCUAGCAAUAACAACGAGUGGAAGGCAGCGGAAGAUAUAAAUAAUUUGAAGAACGGUCUCCUCAGCUCGCAUAAUCAUCAUCAUAGUAGCAACAAUAACGGAAACAGCAACGGACGCAGUCUUCGGGAAAAGUAUACGCACGAGGAGGCGCCACUCACGGGCGGGCAUUGCUAUAGAGUACCUCUUGCGCGUGCCUCAGAGUCCGAGGAAUCAGAUUGCGAUUCAGAUUUACGGGGUAGCCAUGCGUCCACCUGUGGGCUUUUUGGUUGCCAGCCACGAUGGGCACGUCGGUUUGCCUCCACACAUGUUUUCAUGGUGGUAUUUCUGCUCGCCUACAUUCUGCAGGGCAUGUAUAUGACAUAUUUUGUGUCAGUGAUUACCACAAUUGAGAAACUGUUUCAGAUUAAAUCGAAGACCACGGGUUUUUUGCUAAGCGCUAGUGAAAUGGGACAAAUUAGUACGGCUAUGCUGUUGACUUAUUUUGCGGGCCGUGGCCAUAGACCACGUUGGAUCGCCUGCGGCAUGGUGUUGUUUUCGAUUGCAGCAUUUUCCUGUGCCUUGCCACAUUUUAUAUUUGGCGAGCAGUUAAUGCAAUCUAGCGUAUUCAUGAAGCCGCAGUCACUCAGCGAGCCUGACUCGGGAAACAUGAGCGUCUUUACGUCUUCGAGCAGUUUUCAUGCCAAUCUCUGUCAGUUGGGGGGAAAUGACACUUUACCGAGUACAGAAUGCGACGAAGGCCAAAAAUUGGAGCAGGCUUCGCAUUCCAAGAUCACGGUAAUAGUGCUAUGUAUUUUUUUUGGGAGCCUACUUAGCUCAGGUAUUGGUCAGACGGCAGUGGCUACGCUAGGUAUCCCAUAUAUCGACGACAAUGUUGGCAGCAAGCAGUCACCAAUGUAUAUGGCCGUCACCAUAGGCAUGCGAAUUCUGGGUCCCGCUUCAGGCUUUAUUGUGGGGUCCUUUUGCACCCGCUGGUAUGUUAAUUUAUCCGAUCCGGGCUUCAAUGCAAGCGAUUCGCGCUGGAUAGGGGCCUGGUGGCUUGGACCCGUGGCAAUAGGUAGCUUGAUGCUGCUGGCCUCAAUCGCAAUGUUCUCAUUUCCCAAGCAACUGUGUAACAAAAGGACGAAGCAAACGUCCCCAACUGAAGCAGGCAAUCCUGCUAUUGCGGAUGUGGAUGAGAAGCCGAGAUUAAAGGAUUUUCCCAAGACUGUGCGCCGUCAACUGAGCAAUGAUAUACUUAUGUUUCGCACUGCCUCCUGUGUCUUCCACCUUUUACCCAUUGCUGGCCUGUACACAUUUCUGCCCAAGUACCUCGAAACACAGUUUCAUCUAGCUACCUAUGAUGCCAAUAUGAUAGCUGCUUUCUGCGGCAUACUCGUAAUGGGCUUCGGCAUAGUAAUCUCAGGUUUAGUUAUUUUAAAACGCAAGCCAACUGCCAAAUCUGUAGCAGCAUGGAUUGCAUUCACAGCUCUAGUUUAUGCUGCAGGCAUGGUCAUACUAAUGUUUAUUGGCUGCAGCACCAACGACUUUGCAGGCUACAAGGCCGCCGAUACCAAUAGUCCUGCGCUAAUCGAGCCCGCCUGCAUUGCCGCACAAAACUGCAACUGUGAUAAGGAAAAUUUCUCGCCCAUUUGUGGUGCAGAUGGUAGGAUGUAUAUCUCUGCGUGCCAUGCCGGCUGCACCAGUGCCACGCUGCGCCGUAGCGAUAAUCGGACAGUUUAUAAUGACUGUGCUUGCAUUCCAGUCGUUGCUGCGCCAGCUCCUGAUUUAUUUGAUGCGGUCAACGGUUACUGUGAUAAUAAGUGCAAGAACUUCAUUUAUUUCAUACUGAUUUUUGCCAUUUGUGUUUUUAUGCAUUCCACCUCCGAAGUGGGAAGCAUGCUGCUCGUCAUGCGCUGUACACAUCCUAAAGAUAAGGCCAUGGCUAUGGGCGUCAUACAAUCUGCCAUCGGUCUAUUUGGUAAUGUUCCUUGCCCGAUUAUCUAUGGUGCUGUCGUUGACUCAGCAUGUCUUAUUUGGAAGUCGGUAUGUGGAAAGCAUGGUGCCUGUUCUCUUUAUGAUGCCGACACCUUCCGGCACUAUUUCUUAGGCAUCACAGCGGGCAUCAUGUUCCUUGCAUUCAUAAUGGAUUUGGUGGUCUGGCGCAAGGCCCAUCGCAUUGACAUUGCACCGGAGGAUAAUCAUGAUGGUGCACCGACGCAGUCUUACGCUGUGGGCACCUCCGAGUCAAAGCAGUCUAUUUCGCCACCACCAGACACGACAGUUUAGGAUCAAAAACCAUAAUUGCUUUAAGACGCAAUGAACUUCACUCAGCAUCAGCGAAUCAAUAGUGCCGAAAAGAUUUCCAAUAAACUUAUACCGUUAUUGUUAAUUAGUUAUCAUUUUUUUUAGUUAAUAGCAUAGUGCAAAAUCAAAUUAAAGAUUAAGUGGCGCGCCAAUAAAAUAUGAACAGUGCAA